AUGAAAUCAACUGUUGCUUUGGUCUUUGCACUGGCCGCAUGCACCUCGGCUCUUCCUCACAAACGGGGAGAGGAGGUCUGGGGCCGGCUUCGUUCCAAUAUCAAACAUGUCAUCUAUCUGAUGAUGGAGAACCACUCGUUUGAUAAUAUCGCUGGAUACUGGGACUUCCAUCCAGAUAUCGACAACCUGCGUAAUAUCAAAUACUGCAACGAGUACACUAACCCCAACUGGACGGUGUGGGAUGAACCGCUGGAAAUCUGCGCCUCGCCAUAUGAGACAGAAGUGCCGCUGACCGACCCGGACCAUGAAUUUGCUGGUGUGACAUAUCAGAUCUACCGGAAAUGGAGCGCCACGAACGACGAUGUUGCAAGUAUGGGAGGAUUCAUUGAGCGUCAAUCUGAAAAAUACAGUGCUACGCCAGGAGAGGCGGGGUUUGUUAUCAAAUCCUACGACUACAAGAAAUCAUCAACGCUGGCAGAGCUCGCGCAGAGCUUUGCAUUCUGGGACUCAUAUUUUGCGGAACACCCGGGGCCUACUAAUCCCAAUAGGCAAUUUGCGACGUCGGGCUCGACCUGUGGAUAUCUCGACAAUAGUAAUCAAGCGGCAGGGUUUUUCAACAAUAUGACCGGCACGACGUGCGCGACGUCCAUAUUCGAGGCGUUGAGCCAUAAGAACAUUAGCUGGAAGAAUUACUACGAAACAGAUAUCAUCGAUGCAUGGAUGUAUAAAGUCAGUGUUGUCCCCUAUUUCCAUAAGGAUGCGCCGCUUACUAUCCUGCAGUGGGUUCAAGACAAUGCCAUGGACCGUCUGGCCCACGCCAAUGACUUCUAUCGGGACUUAGAAGAGGGCACGCUGCCCACUUUCUCCUAUAUCAACCCGGAAUGCUGCACAAUCGACUCCAUGCAUCCCACCAGCAACAUGGCUGCCGGCGAGCAGUUGAUUAAACAUGUGUACGAUGCAGUGCGGCGGUCCAAAUACUGGGAUAACGCCUUGAUCAUCAUCAACUUUGAUGAACACGGAGGCUUUGCGGACCACGUUCCACCGCCGGUAAACGUUCCACAGCCACAAGACAAGAUCGAAUUCGAUGGGGAGUCGGAGGGACAUCAUGUUCACUAUGACUUCACCCGUCUUGGAGUGCGCGUCCCGGCUUUCCUGAUAUCACCAUAUAUCGAACCCAACACUCUGAUCCAUGACCAGGGUACCAUGUACGCCGACAACUCAGCCUACACGCACUCGUCUUUCCUGCACUUCCUGCAGGAGCUGUGGGAUCUGGAGGGACUUAAUAACCGCGUGCAAUGGGCCAAGACCUUUGAGCAUGUUUUCUCGCAUAAGAUGCGCGAGGACACGCCCAUGAGUCUGACCACGCCCCGGUGGUAUGGUAGUAGCUGGGAGCCGAAGCCGGAGCCAUUUUAUCUUCUUAACCAGGAUGAGAGCUACUAUAGGAAUAGGAAUAAGAAUUGA